AAAAAAACACUAUUGUGUGACUCAUAUCAUCUUUUCUAUGACAUCAAAUUUCACCCACCAGAGUUAAAUCCCAGUUAAACUGACAGAAACGCAAUCAGAGCAGCUUCGACCAUAGCAUUAGAUUGAUGAUGAUCAAUCUCCCUUUUCUAUCGUCUUCUGUAACAUUCCUUGAUCGUCCCAAGCCUGCACUUCAAAAUCACAGCAAUGCCGCGAACUCAUUUCGUAAAUUCACUUGCAAUUGGAAUUUCAUGGGCGAAAAUUCUUCAGUUUUACCAACUUUGGUAUCAUCUGGUGGCCGCGGGCGUUUUGAUGCUGCUUUUAAGUCCUUCCCUGGAAAACCAUCCUCUGGACAGCAGGCACUAGAAGUUGAGCAAGUGGAGCAUGAGGUUCGAAGGUUGUUUUCCAACCUCAAUCAAUCAACUUUGAAGAGAGAACCUGGAAGCCUUACCAGUGCAAUUUUUCUUGUUGCUGGCACCAGUAUAGGAGCAGGUAUACUUGCUAUUCCUGCAGUGACACAAGAAUCCGGAUUUAUUGGCUCUGCAGUUACCUGCAUUAUCUGUUGGUUUUAUAUGGUGGUAACUGGGCUACUAAUUGCUGAAGUCAAUGUGAAGACUAUGUCUCAACUAGGUUCCAGUGGUGUGUCCUUGGUGUCAAUGGCCAUGAGAACCCUUGGUAAUACAGGUGUACAGAUUGCUAGCUGGUCAUACAUUUUCAUCCAUUAUGCGCUUCUCGUGGCUUAUGUGGCUCGUUCUUCUGAUUUAUUGACAAGCUUCCUCGACAUUCCUCUGUGUUGAUGGGCAGCAUUAUAAAUGCAGAUGGGAAAGUGGAACACUGUUUACACUCCUUCUGGGUGGCCUUUGCUUCUUUGGAAGCCAGAGAGUCGUUGGAGCGGUUAAUGGUACACUGGUCCUCGGAAUAGUCAUCUCUUUCAUAGCUCUUGUGAUUGUUGCUAGUGAAGAACUGCACUGGGAGGCUCUUUUGAAAGCUAACUUUGAAGCUGCACCUCAAAGUAUACCCAUAAUAGCUCUUUCUUUUGUCUAUCAUAAUGUAGUCCCUGUUGUAUGUACAAAUCUUGAAGGAGACUUGUCAAAAGUGAGGAAUGCAAUUGUUCUGGGAACAGCCAUACCGCUUGCUCUCUUUCUUGUUUGGAAUGGUGUUAUUCUUGGAACAAUAUGUGAUCCUGAAACAGGCUUGGACAAGAUUGGUGACCCAGUGCAGCAGUUAAGAUCUUCAAAUGGAGUUGUUGGGGCAAUAGUUGAUGUCUUCUCACUUUUUGCGAUUGCUACUUCUUACAUUGGAUUUAUCUUGGGCCUCACUGACUUCCUUGCUGACUUGCUCAAAAUCCAACGUGCGGGCAAAAACACCCCAGUGACGUAUCUACUUACUCUGAUUCCUCCAUUGGUACUAUCAUUGCUCAAUCCAGGGAUCUUCUUCAAGGCCUUGGAUUUUGCUGGGACAUAUGGAGUUUUGGUGCUGUUUGGAGUCCUGCCGGCCGCAAUGUGCUGGUCUGAUAGAUAUUCAGAAUCAGGCAAAUCUCAGACAAACGUACCACAACUUGUUCCUGGAGGGAGGCCCUCACUAUUGCUUGUGCUUGGAGGUUCAGCAUAUAUCAUUCUCACACAAAUACUCCACAGCUUUGAACAUUGAACAAUUUGUAAAAACAUUUUGUUAUGGCAAACAUUCAAAAGUUUGUAGAUCUUUAAUGUUACUACUACAAGUGUGAGGUUUUUGUGUUGUAUUACUCUAAUCAAUUACUCCAAGGUAGUUGCCUAAUUGUGAUUAAGGUUUUGGUGACAUGAUCAAUGAUGUUCCACUACUACAUAGAAACACGUUUGUUUUCAACUCAUUAUUGUAUCAUUAUAUUCAUCACCCCCAAGCUACUAGGAUUGCUAUUGAAAA